AUGAAGGGCCCACCUCAAAGCAUCACUGUUUUCAACCCGCCUCCACGACGAAUCAGAAAAGUCCCGCUGCACGUCGGCCCAGCUCCAGGCUCCAGCGAGUCCAAAAAUAUUUACCUCAAAAUACGCAAGAGUAUUGCUGGCGGGCGGACAGUCUACAUCCUAGGUCCACACGGUGAAAUGAGGCACCAGGGCUUCCAAGACGUGCUUGACUUCGUGUUCCAAGACCACCAGAACACGCGUGACAGCCCUUCUAGAGCCACAGUGCAGGUCUUGUGGCCUUAUCAACGGACGGCAGAAGAUAUACUCACCGUCGAGUUUGUGGAGUACAAGUAUCUCUUUGUAUUCCGUCUUGUGAACGGGAUCAUGCAUUGGUACUUUGCGUACCUUGGGAACUGCGAUGAAACACUGGAACAUUUGAAAAGAAUCCAGGAGUUGGUGAGAACUCAUAUUUUCUACGAAUGUAUAUUGUUCUACACAGAUAGCAGGAACAUGAGGGCGCUGCAGGCGUUGCUGGAGUAUACGGGGAAGAAGGGGAGGAUUUGUCCAAGAUGGCUCGUAACAGACGAUGACAGCAAGCCGCAUGAGCACGUCGUGGUGAGAAUAUGUACAGACAAGACGCUAUAUGAUCCGGACCAGGCGGUUAGGGGCGGGGGAUGGAGUACCACGCAUUAUGUAUGUGAGGAUACGCUUUGUACUGCGCUAUUCAAGGCAAUGUGCACGUCGGAGAAGAUGAAAUUCACGUUGCGGAUGAAGUGGACGGACGGAACUGAUGACAUACACUACUGGAAGGGUAUGAAGGAGCCAGUUAAGCUGACGGUCAUGGAGAGGAUGAUUAGGAGUGGGGAGGGACAGCCACUGUGGCUUGUGCCGUCUACAGCGCCGAUUGAUGGCGUAGAUGGGAAUGUAUACGUGCUUCAGGAAGAUCUUGACGAGUAUGAUCAUUUAAUUUUUGCUGGUCCUCCCCCCGCUGCGGACGACUUUCUAGGGUUUAGAUAUCGCCAGCAGCAUGGAUUUCAGGAAACGUCGACAAUGUCACCACAGAAAUACUGGAAGAACCGGCGCCCUACCACAAUCACUCACAAGGAGCUUUUUAUUAGACCCCACACACACUAA